AUGAUCCUUACUCGACGACCUUUACCGUCGCUCUCAUCGUCACUAUCGAAGGACGACUGCUUGCUCCCAAGCAUCAGGGCUUGGAUUUCAGGGUUAAGAGGCAGAGCUGGGUAUGAAGAUCGACGUACCAUCGGCGCGGGCCUGGCUCCUAUAAAUACAGAGAAAAUUCUUGGAAAAUCAAUUAUAGGUGGAACAUUCAUUAUC